AUGGCCGGUGCCGAGCUCGGAGCCCGCACGGGGCGGGAGCUGCUGGACAUGGAGGUCAAGGCCAAGGGCUGGCGGCCGCCCUGGUACGAGCAGCACGUGCAGCCGUGCGUGGCAGAGCUGCUGGGCACUGCCCUCUUCGUCUUCGUGGGCUGCCUGGCCGUGGUGGAGGACGCGGGGGGCGCGGGGCGGCUGCAGCCCGCCCUGGCACACGGGCUGGCCCUGGGCACCGCCGUCGCUGUCCUGGGGGACAUCAGCGGAGGCCACUUCAACCCUGCCGUGUCCCUGGGCGUGUGGCUGCUGGGGGGGCUGAACAUGACCAUGCUCAUCCCUUACUGGCUCUCCCAGCUCUGUGGAGGGAUGAUAGGAGCUGGCCUGGUAAAGGCCGUGGCACCGAGCGAGCGCUUCGGGAACGCCAGCGGGGGAGCCUGCGGGGGCAUCGCGGCCGACGAGCAGGUCCCGGCUGCCCUGGUGGGAGAGCUGGUCAUGAGCACCUUCCUGCUCCUGGUGGUCUGCAUGGGAGCCGUCAACGGGAGGACCAAGACCCCCCUGGCACCGUUCUGCAUCGGCUUCACCGUCACGGCCGACAUCCUGGCAGGGGGCGGCCUGUCCGGAGCCUGCAUGAACCCUGCCCGAGCCUUCGGACCAGCUCUGCUGGCAAACUACUGGGACUACCACUGGGUUUACUGGGUGGGGCCCAUGGUGGCUGCCCUCCUGGUCGGUGUGCUGGUGAGGCUCCUGAUGGGCGACCGGAGCACUCGCCUGCUCCUGCGGUGA